UUGAGUGGAGCUGGACCGAAAGCCGCGCUUGGCCGGUGGCUAACAAAGGCUGCGUCUACUAUAAGCAACGUUCCCCUUAAACUGUGCGCAGUCGCGCACUGGUCUUGUGUUCUCAGCGCACAGCAAAUCAUUGCAGCGCAACAAAAUAAAAUCCAGCCUGAACUGUAAAUAACAUAAACACAUCAUUUAUUCUGUACCAGUGACAGGCGACACGUGAUAACAAAACAAUGACAAACAAUGUCCAGCCAAUGAUGAAAUCUAGAUCCAGCCAAUCAAUUCAUGAACAGCGCGUUACGUGGUACGUGCCGCUGCUUUGCAGGUUAGUGAAUAGCUACUGGUGCAGCGGAGUUAAGGGAGCUCAAUGCUGCUUGCUAACCUUGUGUUAUGGUGAAACAAACCUGCAGUGCCACACCCACUCACCAAGCUAAAGUUAAAAAAAAGUCUUAAGGUGAACAGGCUGUUGGAGUAUGUCGGAACAGAAGAACAAGAAUUGAAUCUGGGAGCUGGCCAGCUGAGGUGAAGGGGAGGGCAGCUGAAUUGAGCGCGAGCGUGGAUGUCCUGCCCCGCAAGAGUGGACCAUGAUCUGAAGCCCCCUUCGUCCUCCCCUCCGUCGCCCUCUUUUCUUUCCACACCUCAUCUGGGCGACAACCAGCCUGCCCGCCAUCUUAAAAAAGCUUCCCUAACGUGUGCAGAGAGGCCAAGCAGAAGUUGAAAGAAACACAGCGUCAUUCACCUGUGACCCCUCACCUUGCACGCCCACCCCGUACCUCCCACCGCAACAACAGAACCAUGGGGAGGAAAAAGAUUCAGAUUCAGAGGAUCACUGAUGAACGCAACAGACAGGUGACGUUCACCAAGAGGAAGUUCGGCCUGAUGAAGAAGGCGUACGAGCUGAGCGUCCUGUGUGACUGUGAGAUCGCCCUCAUCAUCUUCAACCACUCCAACAAGCUCUUCCAGUACGCCAGCACCGACAUGGACAAGGUCCUCCUCAAGUACACGGAGUACAAUGAGCCCCACGAGAGCCGGACCAACACCGACAUCAUCGAGGCUCUGAACAAGAAAGAGCACCGGGACUCUGAGAGCCCAGACCCCGAGGAGCCCUUCUCCCUCACCCCCCGCACUGAGGAGAAAUACAAAAAAAUUGACGAGGAGUUUGAUAAAAUGAUGCAGAACUAUAGGCUGUCAUCUGCCGUCCCACAGCCCACCUUCUCCAUGCCAGUCACCGUGCCAGUGUCCAAUCAGAGUGCUCCACCGGCCGCCGCCCUCCAGUUCAGUAACAACCCGGGCGGUGCCCUGGUCACCACCACCUCCUUCGUCACCUCCGCCCUCACAGACCCCCGCCUCCUGUCGCCACAGCAACCAGCCCUGCAGCGGAACACCGUCUCGCCGGGACUGCCACAGCGACCCGCCAGCGCAGGUGCUCUCUUAGGAGGAGAUCUGGGAAACUCCAACGGAGCGUGUCCGAGUCCAGUUCCUAACGGCUACAUUAGUGCCAGGGCGUCCCCAGGCCUGCUGUCCGUCUCCAAUGGCAACAGCUUGGUCAAAGUGGUCCCAGCCAAGUCACCUCCCCCUCCCAGUCCUCAGAUGGUCAACAGCCGCAAGCCGGACCUCAGAGUCAUCACCUCGCAGGGCGGCAAGAGCCUCAUGCAGCUGACAGAAGAAGAGCUGGAGCUGGUCAGCGAGAAUGCUCAACGGCUCGGCGGCUCACAGGUUCCACAACCGCUGACUACACCUGUGGUUUCCGUGGCAACGCCCAGCCUCCUGGCACCUUUUUCCGGCAUGCAGACAGCCUACAACACCGAGUACCAGCUGACGAGUGCAGAUCUCACCGCGCUGCAGACGUUCACGCCACCGGGCCUGGUGCCUGGCAACAUGGCUGCCUGGCAACAGCAACAGCAGCCCGCCAUCAACCAGCAACAGCAGCCGCAGAUCAGCCUGGCGUCGCUCACCAACUUGGUCAUGUGGGGUGCAGACAAGCAGAGUGCGGAGAUGGCAAACUGCAUCUCCAACAUUGCUGCUAACCUGAGGCCGAUGGCUCCUCUCCCUCAGGGCACGGCGCUGACGGUCAACACCAACCCUCAUGUCAACAUUAAAUCCGAGCCCGUCUCACCCAACCGGGACCGCAGCACUCCCAGCUCCACCGGGGGGGCGGGUGGUGGUCAAAUGCACGUCCAGGGCGGGGCUGCCGUCACCUACCCCGCCACGCUGCGCCUGGAGGCCGUGGGCCAAGGCCGCUCACCCGUCGACAGCCUGAGCAGCAACGGCAGCUCUUACGAGGGCAGCGACCGCGACGACACCGCCCAGGGGCGAGGGGGUGGGGGGCCGGACUUCCACCACCAGCCCGGCGCCGCCAGCCUCCAGCAACCCACCAUGGUUCUUCUGCGGCCCGCCUCUGCCGAGCCCCAGGACCAGGACGGGGCCAACGUCAAGAGGAUGAGGCUGGACGCCUGGGUCACAUAAAGCGAUGAACACUGCGAGCUGGGCCGGGCCGGGUCGGACUAAAAAAGAACUGGCCUGUGCACCGCUCCACACACACACACACACACACACACACACACACAUACACACACACCAGCCCCUCCAAACACCUCCCCCCACACACACACACACACACACGCAUGCUAACAUGUGCACCUGUGUUUCCUCACGCAGACCUCGCCACCGCGACACAACACAACCAGAACCAGACUACAUUUGGGACGUCAUUAGAGUAGAAACCCUGAAGGGCAGGGCAAACAUUUCCCAGCAUGCCUUGCGUAUGCCACAUUGCGUCUGCUGGUCAUGGCGGGUUUGGAUGGCAUCAGUGCCGCCCGUGAAGUCGUGACGUUUUUGUUGUUAACAAUGAGCUCCAGAGUUUAUUCAAUCUUAAAGAAGGCAAUGAAGGAAAUUGAAGUACUGAUUGGACCUGGCUGGAAGGAUUUGUUGUCGUGAGAAAGAUUGGCUUGUUCUUUCAAUCAGGGAUGAACUGCGACAACACGCCGUCGUGUCACAUGCAGAUCUUGAGGAGUGUGUGUGUGUGUGUGUGUGUGUGUGUGUGUGUGUUUUUGAGGUUCUUGACUCCAUGUUUGGACUUUGUUAGUGAAGUGAACCAUGUUGGGGCGUGUACAUAAACAAUGUUGUGGCUUUGCGUGUGUGAUGAAGAGUUUUAAUAAUACUACUAAUAAUAAUAAUAAUAAUAACAAUAGAUGACGUGCACGCCACAGGGAUUGUAAAUAUGAGCUCAGUAUUUGGCUGGAAGGAAGAAAAAGCUAAAAAAAAAAAAAAAACGGAUUCUCAAUGGAACUCCUUUUUUAAUGAUUAUUUAUGCGGGUACAGAAAAUUGUAAUUUGUUGACAAGCCACCAGAGGGCGCUGUAGAGACACAAACGCGCACUUUACAUGAAAAACGCCCCGCCGCCGCCACCACACACACACACACACACACACACACACACACACACGCACGCACGUCAGCUUUCAAGUGAAAAAAAAUCCAAAUUUGCACUUUUCUCCAAAAUCCUGGAACGUUGUGUCAGGUCAGGCUUUAAUUGGUGAUAUUUGAAAAGAAUACUUCACUUUAUGUGGCCACAAACGUCACGCGCAGCAAUUAAUCAGUUUUUUAAAAAACUCACUGAGAAUGGAUGUUAGCGUUUAUUUUAUUCUGUUUUUUAUUGGGUUUUAACCAAGCAGAGCGGUUGUUCCUCAGGAGGCAGUUUAAUUUAAUAAUUUAAUACACCAAACUUCUCUGACUGCAUCGUUGUUGCAGUUUGUAGGCAGCGCCGCUAGAUGGCAGUGCCGCCUUUUGCUAUUCUUAGUGUGAAUUCACCGCCAUCUUUCGUUUAGAAUCAAAUCGGUCGCAUUCCAACACAUUUGAACAACACACACACACACACACACACACACGGGAAUCGAUGCAAACUUUGAUCCGUCCGAGUGUUUUUAUACUUUUUAAUCAUCACAUUAGCGACGUUACCUUAACAUAAAAGCAAAACCCAUACUCGUGUGUGGCUAGUGGCUAGUUUAAGGUUGUAGUGAUGAAAAGUGCAAAUGGAUGUUUUUGUUUUAGUCCCAAAAGUCUCAUAGGAAGCUCCAUCAGAAAGUUCCAUCAUUUUUUAGUUACUAACCCCAUCAGUCCAGAUUACAUGGCUGGGGGCUUGCCGCCCCGCCCCCCUCCCCCUCAGUCAUCAGUGUCAUGUCGAUGGACAUGCGACCAGAGUUGUUAAUUAGCUUCUUGAUUUUAAAGACAUAUCAUUUACACUAUUUAACUUACAUUCAAAGUCAUUUAAUUCAUUUCAUUUGUCUUGGCAACACGCGAGAGCUGCAGUAUCGGCCCUAAGGGACGCAUCAUCAGCGGAACUCUUUUUAUAACUAUUUAUUGGAAUAAUGCGUUACCGUGGCGAUGUGAGUGGCGACUCAAUUUGCGUGCUUUUCCAUUUUAACACAUGAAUUCAUUUGAAGUCCCGUUCUCCGGGUUUUGGCUCAAGCUCGCCCCCACCUGGACGCCUCAAGCCAUUUGUUUCAAAGUUGGUCCACAAGGGGGCGCCGUGACCACAAAAGACAAUCAUUUUAAAAGCCUGCGCCGCACCCCCACCCCCACCCCCACCCCCACAAAGUUAUGGCUGGUGUACAAUGAUGUUUGGACGCCUCACUCACUUUCCAGUGUUAAUUUGUGCUGUUUUGUAUAGUGAUAUUAUUGUUGUUAUUAUUAUUAUUAUGAAUAUCAUCAUGAUGACCGCAGACAUGUCAGCAUCAUCUACAAUCUGCGGUUGUUUGUGUAGCUCAGUUUCAUUUGGAAGUUCUUCUAUUAUCUAAGAAAAUGCUAUAAAUAUAUUUUGUCUGGGGGAUUUUUUUUUUGUUGUUAUUUCAGAAGUUAAAACGUGUUUCUAAUGUUGCACGAUUUUUACGACAUGAAGCCAACGUCACGAGCGCCAGCGUGCUGCGAUGCCGCGACUUGAAGUCGGAUGCGCAAACGUCUCGACUCGGAGGAGGUCGGGGGGGCGGGCGUGCCGCGUCUAAAUAAGUUAUUUGUGAGCAGACAACGAUGUCGAUGCAUGGACAGAGGGAAUACAAUGUAAUAUCAACACAGUCAUCACACAUAAAUAUUUAAAAAAUGAAGAAAAAAAGUAUCAAAUAAAUUAUAGCUAAUAUAUUGUGUUUGGCUAGUCUGCUUUUUUGUUGUAAAGAUACUUUUUUGUUGUUUUUGGAGAAUGAUAUACAAUUUGUGUAUAUUUUCAUAAAUAAAAGUAUGCACUGAUAUGUUAUUACAAAAUCUAUACUGCUUUUACAAAAAAAAGUGUUUGUUAUUGUACCAAAGUAUCCAAUGGUCCCCUCUUUGCCCCCCUUUUCCCUUUUUUGCGUAUGUUUUACCGUAUUUUAUAUAUUAAAUAGACAAGUUGACCUACA